GUUUCUGGGAGUGCACGAGGCGCCAGGUGCUGUCGAAGGACUGCUGGUGGCGAGCUGCAGACGCUCCUUGCGCCCUUAGCACCUUUGGCACCUUCCGUGAAGGAACGAGCCGGGCCUCCAGGCAGAGAGAGCUGCACCUGAGACUGUGACAGCUAGUAUUUUGUGCAGUCAUGUUUCCUUCACCCAGCACCCCUGCUAUGGGGCUGUCCAUGCUACGCGACUGGUGCAGGUGGAUGGGCGUGAAUGCGCAGCGCUGCCUGCUCAUCAUGGGCAUCCCUGAUGACUGUGAGGAAGAUGAGUUUCAAGAGAGAGUGCAGGCUGCGCUGAGACCCCUGGGCAGAUACCGAGUGCUCUGCAGGGUCUUCAGAAAGGAGCUUGGAGCCAGGGUAGCUUUGGUGGAGUUUGCUGAGUAUUUAAACCGAAAUUUGAUCCCCCACCAAAUACCAGGCAGUGGGGAGCCCUGGAGGGUGAUCUUCCUGCCCCAGGUCCCUGAUUCUGAGUUACAAGAUCCUGCACAGCUCCAGGGGCAAGCAGUAGAGGAAAGCAUGCUCAAAGGAGGAGCUGCAGCUGAGGGAGAAGCUGCAGGAACUUCAGGUGAGGCAGGAGCUGCAGGUGAGGCAGGAACUGCAGGAGCUGCAGGAGUUUCAGAUGUGGAAGGAGCUGCAGGUGAGGCAGGAGAUUCAGGAGUUUCAGAUGCGGAAGGAGCUGCAGGUGAUACAGGAGCUCCUGGUGAGGAAACAGCUACAGGUGAGGGAAGAGCUUCUGAUGAGGAAGGAUCUGUAGAUGACAAAGAAGCUUCAGGAGGAGAAAGUGAGGCAGAGCCUGCAGAUGGGGAAGGAGCUGAGCUUGAGCCAGAAGCUGCAGGUGUGGCAGGGGAAGCAGAUGAGCCGGGAGCUGUUGGAGAGCCAGGAGUAGCAGGUGAGGCAGGAGCUGUGAGCGAGGCAGGAGCUGCAGGUGAGCCAGGAGCAGCAGGGGCUGCAGGUGAGGUAGGAGCAGCAGAUGUAGCAGGAGCUGUAGGUGAGGGAGGAGCAGCAGGAGACGCAGGUGAGGCAGGAGCGGCAGGAGCUGAAGUUGAGGCAGGAGCUGCAGGAGAACCAGGACCAGUAGGGCUUGCAGGAGAGGCAGGAGCAGUAGGGGCUGCAGGUGAGGCUGGAGAUGCAGGUGUGGCAGGAGCUGCAGGCGAGAUAGGAGCUGCAGGUGGGGCAGGAGCUGCAGCUGAAGCAGGAGCUGCAGCUGAAGCAGGAGCUGCAGGUGAGCCAGGAGCAGCAGGGCUUGCAGGUGAGGAAGGAAUAGGUAUGGCAGGAGCUGUAGGUGAGGCAGGAGAUGCAGGUAUGGCGGGAGAUGCAGGAAUGGCAGCAGCUGCAGGUGAGGCAGGAGCUGCAGGUGAGGUAGGAGAUGCAGGUGAGCCAGGAGCAGGAGGAGCUGCAGAUGGAGAAGGAGCACCAGAUAUGGCAGGAGCUGCUGGUGUGGCAGGAGCUGCAGGUGAAGCAGGGGCUGUAGGUGAGGCAGGAGAUGCAGGUGAGGCAGGAGAUGCAGAUGAGGCAAGAGCAUCAGAUGAGGAAGGAGCUGCAGGUGACACAGGAGUUGAAGGUGCUAUAGGAGUUGUGGGUAUGGCAGGAGCUGCAGGUGAGGCAGGACCUCCAGGAGAAGAAGGGGCCUGGGAUGUGGCCGCAGCGACCCAUCAUAGAGCCGGAGCCCAGCAGUGGGAGCAGGCCCUGCAGCCCGUCAUGGAAAACAUGGCAUACCAGGAACUGAGAGCCUUUUCCGGGAUGGAGGAGCUGGAUCCUGAGGAAGAGUCCUUCGAGAGCUGGCUGAACCAUGCCAACGACAUGCUGUACUUGUGGCGCCAUGUAGCAGAGAGGGAGAGGCGGAGGAGGCUGGUGGAGUGCUUGGAUGGCCCUGCCCUGGAUGUCAUUUGUGAGCUCCUGAAAGCGCACCCGGAAAUCCCUGCACAGGAUUGCCUGGCGGCACUGGUGCAGGUGUUUGGAAAUAAGGACAUCCGGGUAGCUGCACGGCUGAAGUUCCUCAUCUGCUCACAGUGGCCUGAAGAGACUCUCAUAGCCUACGUGACGCGCCUGGAAGGUCUCCUGCAGGCGGCCGUGGAGAAGGGGGCCAUCCACCCUGCCACCGCAGACCAGAUGCGUGCCCGGCAGGUGCUGAUGCGGGCCAGGCCGAACUGGACUCUCCAGAAAAGGCUGAGAAGGAUGCGCCUGGAGAGGCGCCCCCCUGGCUUCCAGGCUCUGCUCCAGCUGGUGCGUGAGACCGAGGCCUGGGAGGCUGCCUUCGCCAAGAGCAAGCCUUUGGGAGAUGGGGCUGCCGAGGCCGGGCCUUCGUACAGAGAUGCUGCUGGGCCUGCCCCUGUCCUGGAAGAAGCUUCGCAGGUCUCCCCUGCCCAGGAAGAGGCCAGGGGCAAGGCGGCUUCUGAUCCUGAGUGUGCUGCUGAGGCAGCUUCUGAUACCGAUGAUGCCCCAAAGGCAACCACUCAGAAAGAGGAAGGUGCUCUUGGUCUUGCAGGCCUAGGCCAGGCAGGGCCCUUUGAUGCCCUUGGGGUUUCCACUUCAGCCCCGAUGAGCACUGCUUUUGGGUCAGGCCAAGGAGGAUCUGGCUGUGGGCCAGAGAGCCUCGCCCAGGCAGGAGAGGUGGAGGCCGAGGAGCCUAUGCUGGGGGCACCCAAGGGUGUCCUGGAGGAGUUGGAAGAGGAAGAGGGAGCUGGGGAGACCAGCCAUCCCAAGUCUUCCCCAAGAGAAUAGCUCCUCCACUCAGGUGGCAGGGCCCUGGGCUCAGAGGGAGGCAAGGCCAGGGCCAUUACAUCAUCCUGCACCUGGAGCAGGUCCCAGAGAGAGGCUUGACCAGCCUCAACCAAACUCCCACAUCUUUCCUCUUCCAAGUGACCCAAGUGAUCAUGGGUACACUAGGGAGAAGAGGCCAUCUCACGUGUGCCAGUUGCCUGGCUCUCUCACUGGGGCGAGUGCCCCAUUACUCCUCCAUUUAUUGUUCCUGUCCCUGGCAUAAAUUGCUUCCUGUCCGGGAAGCCCACUCAUGUUGGUAGGCCCUGUAGUGACCCAUGGUGCAGGUAAACGCUCACCCCAACCUGGCCGCUGUUCUUGGGCAAAGCUGUGAGGUGGGCAUCAACCCUGCACGGAGGAGAGGGCCUGGCCCUACCGGGGCACCCAGCCAUCCACCUGCAGGCCUGGGCAUGUGUGGUGAGCUUCCUUCUGAGCCUGCCGAGCCUCUGACCGCUCCUGUCCGGUGCUGUGAGGUCAACCUCUGCUUUCUAUGACUGUAUCCGGGCCUGCUACCUGCCCCUUGUCCUCGAGGAGUUGUUUGUGUUCUCAUUGGAACAGGUCCUGUCUGGAGACCCCAAGCUUCGUCCCAGUGGGAGAGAAGGAUGGACGACGAUGGAGUCACCUUGUGACUGUGACUGUGACCAUGAGUGGGAUGACAACUUUGGACAAGAAGAACUGGACAAGGGAUGGAGGGACAAGGCUGGGGACUUUGCUUUGACAUUCUUCCCAUGUUGUUAUUUGUGAUUUAAUUCUUUGGUGUGGUGGGGCAUUUUUUGCUGCGCUUUCUGGUGUCUUGGGGUUAUUUGUACUGGCCAUUGGGUAGGCCCUCUCCACAGUGGGUCAGCCCUGUAGAGAAGUCCCUGAAGUGAAUGGAUUUUGUCAGAGGUCAUUGUGCUGGCCAGAGGUAGAUCCAGGACCCUCAGGGAGAGACAACAUAGCUGGAGAGCCUUGGCAUGGGGAAUGGAUGAGACACCUGUAGUGGUCGUAAGGAGGUCUGUCUGUGGUGACAUCCCUGUUUCAAUGGUUUCAGUGUUUUUCUUCAAUAAAUUUCAUUAAAUGUUGUAA